UCAGACGUGGAUCGUCCGAGUGAGGGAGCCGCUAAUGCGGCAGUGCUCUCCGUGAGACAUAAAUACAAUCAGCGUCACAACAAAGUCAAGAGCAAGCAGUCCGUAUUAAAUGCGCGACCUCGCUCUCUCUAUACAACGUUAACAUGUCCCGAAGAUCAACAGCAACACAUCGCGCCCCAGGCUUAUCCAGAGCUCGGCAAACAGCUAGAAGAAAAUUCCGCCUACGGCAUCGAAUCGCACUUGGGCUCGCAAUGGCGACGCAAAGCCUUAAUCUCGAAAGAGUCCCAAUUUUUUUCUGGCUUGGACAAUUGGUCUGACGCCGAGGCCGGCUUACUUGCAACACCUCAUGGGACUAUAUCACUCCGGCUCCGGAACAAAAUUCGCGUCGACCUCACCGUCGAUCGUGCCGUACGUCUCAUUAAUUGGAAGAACAAUAUUGUUUUGGCCUUGAGUGGUUCUGGUACUGCUUCUGCUCUCCUUCAUCCAAAUGGCCGCAUAUACCAAUAUGGUUCAAGGGUUGAGAUUCUGGCUCAUGACUUUCAUGGAAAUGACAAAUAUGCCAAAAUGUGGUAUAAAGGUGUGAGCUUCUCAUCAGAGCAAUGUGCACUAGUUUACUUGGUUGAUGCUGCUGGUACAAGAACAACAACAGAUACAUUUUCUGACAUGAGAGACGACUUCUCCUUGCCAAUAUUUUAUGCUGAAUCAAGACAUGGACCAGCUUAUUAUCAACAGGCUGCACAAGUCUUAUCUAAUUCUCAGUACUGGCAAACUAAUGAGGGUAUUGAAAAUUGGAUAAUCAAUAAUGUUCGAAUUUCACAAACUCCUGAUGGACUAGUCAGAAUUGCCCGUAACAGUAACAAAUAUCAGUUGCGAACAUCACCAAGUAAUGGAACAGCAUCAUUAACCACUCCAUUUCUACAUUGUACAGCUUCUUUGGGUCAAACUUCACAUUUAUUUGUUAGGAGAGGAGAAAGGCGAAUGCAUUAUGAUGGAACAAGUUUCAUAGUAAGAAAUGCUGGACAUAGCGCUGGAUUUGACAAUAGCAAUCAAUUGAAUGUUUAUUAAAAAUUUCACUAAAUAUUUUUUUACAUUUUUCAUAGUUGAUAAAUUUAUCUAAUUUUCAC